CUGAGAUCAGUAUUGUAUACCUUCGAUUCAUCUUCACCAUGAUAGGUCCGCGAAGUUAUGUUGAAAGAUUUCACAGAAUACUAGUUUGGUGAAAUUAGUCAGUAGUUUGAUUGCAGGCAUCAUAUACUCCGUAAAAAAAAUAUUUCCAAUAAAUGGAGAGUACGUCAGGUGUAUUUUAAAAUUGAAAGAGUCACGUAUCUGCUCGCACCGUUCGAAACCUAUCGAUGUGUCAUGUCAGCAAUUUCAAAGCAAGCAAAUCCCAGCAUAGCAAAGUUGCAACGAGCCAGACAUUCUCUAUAUCGACGUACGAGCUAAAUAUUGGUGCAUAGGUUCUGAAGACGGCAGCUGCCAGCUGCUCUACCGUGAAUUCCUUUGAAACUGUACUGCUCCUAAGAAGCUGGUGGUUCCGGAAGUGGUUGUGUUAGUCCGUGAUUUUCCACUUCACCUUGCCAAGAUUUUGUGUUGUUCUCGUUCAAUUGCCCCCUCCUGUUGCAUACAUUAAACAAGCGGUGGAAAAAGGUGACUAGACAGGGAGAUCCGGGUUGAACAUAUCUCUUAACUUGAUCACAUUUUGAUGCAAGAAUUGUUUGAGGCGACUAGAUUUAUCGUAAUUGUCGAAACAAUCGAAAUGACUUAAUUGUAGUUCGAUUGAAUGCUAUCCAUAGGACGAGUGCUAUUUUAAUCUUUCUUCCGAAACCCGGACGAAUUAAGACUGCUUCAAUGAGGAAGAUGGACAAUAGGUUAAAUUUGGACUCGGAGGUCCGCGAGUUGAAGUUGGGGUCCACUUUUACCAAUCCGUCCCCGCGAACGGUUUAUCAUACUUUGAAGUACGAUUUCAAACCAGCUAGCGUGGACGUAAGCAAACCAGCAACCCUUGAGGUUGGUUCCAACAAACAGGUGACAGUUACCGUACCGCAUCUAGAUGGUUCCGGAGUACCCAAUACAGUGUUCAAAGGUAACCAACGAGACUACAGCAGGAAGGAAUGUGUGCUCAUCAUCGAUCGGGUAACGGGCGAAAUCACGCUCGAAAAAUUAAAUAGUAACGUGCAAGUCAAAAAGACAAGAACUGAAAGUAAAGUUGUUCAGCCCCCGCCACCGCCGCCUCAGAUCAAGGUGGAGAACUCGACAGCGCGACAAAGCUCCAAAACCAAGAUCACUACCGGUUCCCGCAAGAACAACCCCAUCAGCUUCGUGCCAAAACAUUCGCCAUUGCAAAACUCGCCCUCCUACCAUCCCAACAAGAGCCCGCUAUCCGCACCGGUCUGGAAUGCCAACAAUACUCAGCAGACAUUGCCGAGCAUUCCGAUCAUCGGCCUGGAUGAUGGAAACGAUUUUAUGGCAGUGCCUUCGUCCUCGCUUCCCCAGGCACAGGCGCAGAUGCAACGGCAGGAGCUGCAACAGCAGCAGCAGCAGCAACAACAAAUGCACUACAAUCACAACAAUAGUGGCAGCAGCAGUAGCAGCAGUGGAUCUAUAAACAACAGCGGCGCCAACCAUCACACCAGCAAUAGCAACAACAGUAGCAGCAGUAACAAUCAUCAUCAAAACAGCACCAAUAGCCACGGGGUCAGUGGAGGAAUGCAUAGCAGCUCAUCCAUGGUUGCAGGCCUCGGAAACAAUAGCAAUCACCACAAUCCGUACAACAAUCAUCACGGGGAAUCAAAUGUGGAGGUUAGCCUGCCGUCCAGGGCACACGCUUCUCCACCGCGGAACACCGGAUUUCCUACUGGUGUACUAAGUUCUUCGAGCUCAGACUCGAGCGGUUCCAGCGACAGUGACAGUGGCUCUGAGUCUGAUAGUACUACUGAGGAUAACAAUGAUUCUCCGGUAAAAGAUCUGUUUUUCGAUCUAGGGUCAACCCGGUCGGAGGGGGUCAACAACGCUCGUACGCUUCCUACGGAUCUGCUGACAGAGGAUCUGUGCCUGUCGGAGUCCAACUCAGAUUCGGACUAAGGCUGCACAUGUUCGUUUGGCGCGAAAAGAGCUAAUCACGUACAGAUAUAUUACAGGUAAACCUGGAACUAUUUUUGUAGGAAUACACUAUUUAUGUUGAGAUGGAAUUAUACCAAUAUAUCGCAAAGAAUAUGGGGAAGUCGCAUGGAGGCAGCAGUGAUCUGUCGGAGUCAAAAGCUGCAGACAAAAUGUAGCGUAAAUGGUUUUAUCCUGUCUAGAUUUGUAUAAUAGGGCGCUGCCAAAUAAAAAAAAAACACUAAGCAUACAUAAGAGCAGGUUCGCAAGUAGACAGAAUUUCUAAUUUCCUUUUAGCGAGUUUAUCUCUCACUUACUACUAUGCGGUAGAGGAAUCGAUAUGUUUGUAUGUUAUUUUAUUCUAGUGCUUAUUAUAAAAUUGUUUUUUUUUUCGCCUCUCCAGAUUCAGAUACGUGUUUGCGUCAAUUACGUCUAGUUUUUUUUUGUGUAUUACUUAUAUUUAACACCCAAUCGUUAGUGUAAAUCAUUUCUUUCUUCUCAUCUUUGAGACAGGGUGGCAGUGUUUACGGGAACUGUGCUUGAACCUUGUUUGUUUUGAGUUCUCUGUUGUUUUUCACACACACAGAUACGCACGCAUAGUGUGUGUGUACUCGAGACAGUAACGGAAAGACAGACUAAUUUGAUUUCCACGUCGUUUGCGCGGGAGAGCUUUUAAAUAAUUUCCGCGAAGAUCGCACUAUUAGCAAAUGUGUAAAGGAAAUACAAGUUGUCUACGCUAAAUUAAUUACCAUAAUUAUUGAAACGCAUAAUAAACCAGCAAAUAAAGAUAUGUUAGUUGAUUUGAAUUA